CAAUCCACAUGCCACUGUUGCCUUCUUGGCCAUCAUCAUGCCGAGUGGUGCUGAGCCUCCCUACGCAACGGAGGAGAGUGCGCGAGAAGCUCAAGAGGCGCAUUCAGAUGACCUUUGCAAACAGAUCAAGAUAUGGAAGGAGAUCCAGCCAGGAUCCUUGCCACAUGCGGAGGCUCCUGAGAACAACGAAGAGGAGGAUUUGACGGAAGAUGAAGCUGAGGAGACUGUGCUGGACCUUAGCUGUCAACAUUGUACCCAGCUCCUUUGCCAGAGGGGUAUGCGCGUGCGGCUGGUGUGCAAUGCUGCGGUCUCCCUGUUCUCCACCGAUUUCCGACCCAUGGUGAAGGAGGCGGUGGAAGAAAGAGAACAUGGCAUGUGCCACUGCCGCGUGAGGGACGUUCAGUGUGGCUGUGGCUGCACCGUGGGCUAUCAUGUGAUCCUGCCCUGCACGGAAUGCUCUUCAGCGUGUCACAAUGACCAGUACUGGUUAUUCGACCGAAACGUCAAGGCUGCCAACCGCACCACGCCUGAAGGUGCCGCCUUGGUCUGGUCGGAGCUGCCCAAACAUGAAGCUGUCGAGAACGAUCGAAGCUCUCAGGCUCCAGACGAUGAGACGGUGGCAGAAGGGGAAGACUUGAAGGAGCAGGAUGCGCCGUCCUGCCCCAUUUGCCAUGAAAGGAUGCGAAGACCACUGGCGCCACCUUGCGGUCACGCCGCAUGUGAGUCUUGCCUGACCAGAGCAGUUGACUUGCGGCGAGAAUGUCCCUAUUGCCGCAUGACGACCACCUGCGCGCAGUUGACUCGGUGUGGGACCCGACCCACGGUGACCCGCGCCGAAGUCCACCGCAGGGAGGGCCUUGGGCGCCGCGGAGUCACCCUCUGCGUUCCGCUGUUCUGCUACGGAUCUCGAGUCUUUUUUGGGCAGAAAUGGGGGGACGCGUUUGGAAGGAUAUCAUGAUUGUAAGUAUAGUGAAGAUGAAGAUGCAAUGGAAGACGUGUAGCCGUUUGCCGGGAUGCUCCCAUGGAAGACCACGCGCAGACACGCGUGCGUAGUAGGCCAAAUGUCCGCUGCGUCCAGGACAUUCGGUGAGGCCGAGAAGGCCGAGGCCGAGGGUCCGAUCGCCGAAGCUUGUCUCAGGUUGGAUCCUGAACCCAAGAAG